UCAACCACAAGACAACAACAACAUCAAGCUGCAGCUUAACAAAUUGUGCAUUUUAAAAGUAAACACAACAAACUGUACGAACCAAAAAAAAGAAUAAUAUAAACAAAAAGAAAUAACCCAGUGCAUUAAUUUUGAUUCGGACAUUUCUUGAGCUUCCUGCGAACACAACUUGCAUACGAAACAUAUUAUAAAAACGAAAGACAAUGCAAAUGACAAAGUACGUCUUGGCCAUUUUGCUGUUGGCACUGGCCCUGUGCGUCAGUGGCUCCCAUGGAGCGCGUCGUCUGCGCAAGAAGCCAAAGGUCUACAAUGCUCUGAUCACAACCGAUGACAAUCUGACCUCCAGUCGUGCUUAUCCUGUCAUACAGCCCACCAUACACGAGCCAGGCUAUGCACCCUUUGGUCCCUACAAUCCCUUUGGAUUCUACAGUCCGCCUGUGGUGAGAUUUGGUCAACCGCUGGUGCCAGGUUUGCCACCCAACGAACGCCUGCCUUAUCCACUGCCCACUGCCACGCAAUUUCCUCCUAUUUAUGCACCCUAUGAUCCCAAUCAACCCAGCAUUGUGUCCGGUGAACAGCAACCGACUUCGCAACCACAACCCGAGUUGGCACCACAAUCUCCAACAGCAGACGAAACAGAUCCCAAGGAUAUUAUGACCAAGGAGCAGUUGCCACUGCCGUUGAAUGACCAAGGACUGCCGCCUGUGCUGAUUCCACUCAAUUCCCCAUACAAUGGACAGUCAAUGCCGUUGCCACCUUACUCCUACAGCCAAUAUCCGCUCAUCUAUGAUCAGCAAGGUUUUGUGCGACAACGUGAGAACUAUCUGCCGCCCUAUGAUUACUAUCCCAGUCAGGGAUAUCCUACACGCAGUCCUGUAGCAGCCACCUCACAGCCCAUGCCCGCAGCGGAGCCUCUGCAGCCUCAGCAACCUUUGCAACCAGCGCAGCCGGAAGUGCAGCCAUUGCCACUCGAUAGCUUAGACUCAACGCCCAGUUUCGAGGACAUCAAGAACGGUUCGGAGAACAAGAAUAGCGAUGUGCCCGAUGUGCCGCCGCCGCCAAUACCUUCGGGUCCAAAGCGUUCCAGAGCAGUAGAUAAUUGAUGGAGGUGGAUGUAGGCUUUGUGUCGCCUUUCGAAAAUACUCGUAUACACACGUAUUUAUUACCAUUUUUUCUUAAGCAUUUCUGAUUCUAAUGUAUUGUGCGAUGUCGUUUAACCCAUAAGUUUUUUUUGUGUAAGUGUUCAACAAAGAUAAUUAAAUAAAUAUAAUAACCGCAGAAGCGGUGAAUGAA